AUGCCUCUUCUCGGCGGCAAAGGGAACAAGUUCAAGGUUGAUCCACCAAAGAUCCGCAUCGAAAAGGUCGUCGUCGAGCGUGCCCCGACACCGAGUAGGCCGAAGCCGAAGUCUCGUCCUGGUCCGGCCUCAGCUGGCGUUUCGUCGUCGCGCUCGUCUCCUGUUCACCGUCCUUCGCCAAGGUCCUCGUCCGCCCGACACGAGAGUCACUCGCCGUAUCCCUCGUCGUCGGACGAGAAGCGGCUGGACCGGAAGCGCAAGACUGGCGCUGUUUCAUCGACGAGGCGGUCGCCCGCCGCCGAACGGAUAACCUUUGACAAGGACAGCGAUGCCGAGGACGAUGGCUGGAUGAAUCUUGACACUCGGAAGAGGCAGCGCAGAGGGACCUCGGAGGAUAAACACCUCGAUGCGAAUCGCAAGCUGCGACACUCUCGCGCUUUUGAGGGACGCAAUGACAAGCUCAAGUUUGUCCAUGCGGUCGAGGUGGCUUCUCUGGAGGAGAAGUGCGUGCCCGUCAUGGGUGCGCAGAAGGAGGAUGUUGCUAUAGAGUUGCAGUAUCCUAGCCUGCAGUUCGAACUGGUCUGGGGCAAGGACAAGAUAGAUGCUGUCGAAGCGAGCAUAAGAAUCGUUCGCCACGUCGCCGAAACUUACCUUACAGAAGAAGAAGCAGAACCGUUUACCAAUCACAACACGGGGCUUAUUCGACGGCUGGAAAAGGCCUCGAACCGAAAUAUUCAAGAUUUGGCGGGUUUCAAGGCCGCGUUGCACGAAUACAAUGAGACGUUGUUGGGACUGGUUGAAGACGGAAUCAUUGCCAAAAACCUCGACAAGAUGCAUGAACUCCCGCGACAACUCAUCGCUUUUAUUCUCGACCAAGUCUAUGACCGAACAGUUGCACCCAAGGUGGAGCUCUUGUCCAAGUAUGAAAACGGUACUGACUAUGUCUACGGAGAGCUGCUGCAUCCCUUUAUAUCAAAGCUUCUGGUUGAACAGACCAAAAUGAAGUCUGAUCAAGUAUUCGUCGACUUGGGAUCUGGCGUGGGGAACGUCUGCCUGCAAGCUGCCUUGGAAAUCGGAUGCGAAAGCUGGGGUUGCGAAAUGAUGGAAAAUGCAUGCAACCUUGCCGAGGCGCAAAUUGCCGAGUUCGACGCCCGCUGCAUGCUGUGGGGGAUCAAGCCUGGCAAGGUUCACCUAGAGCGAGGCGAUUUCCGUAAGAAUCUUGUCAUACACGCCCUGAAACGAGCCGAUGUCGUUCUAGUUAACAACAAGGCCUUUACGUCGCAGUUGAAUGACGACUUGGUGCGCAUGUUUCUGGAUCUGAAAUCGGGCUGCAAAAUCAUUUCACUCAGAUCCUUCGUGGCCGACUUCAAGAGUAGCCACAACAUCAACGACGUUGGUAGUACCAUCCUCGACGUGGAAGAGUGCAUAUACCCCGAAGGUUUUGUCAGUUGGACCAAUGCUGGUGGACCAUAUUUCAUCUCCACUCGCAAAUAG